GUAAGACGGACUUUCAGAUCAGAGAAGGCUGUCGUCUUUCUACACAGUUCAUUACAUCACUGAAGCCAUCCAAGGCACAUUGACUCAUGGAACAUGUUUAUCUGAGCUGCAGGUUCGCACUUUAGGAUUUUCUGCACUCCUGCCUCGUAUUCACACAACAUCCAUCCUAAAGCUUCAAGUAGCUCCUAACUGGUUGAGUAAAGAGAAACUCCUGAUAAUAAGGAGUCAGUCCUGACUUGAACAUGUUUUUGGUGUUUGACCUUUUAGCACUCAAAGUGUGUCGUCAGUGUGUGAGAAGUCAGAGACAGUCCAGAGGACUCCUCAGUCACCAACAAGUCCCAUUCACCUGCUGCUAGGAGAGCACUCAUUGACUUUAACCACUGGCGCCAUCUUGUGGCAGAAAUAUAUGACUGCAGCUUUUGUUCUUUGAAAAGUCAGGCCUCCAUGUGUGCAGGAGAACAAAUAAGCUUUCCAUUGCUGUGGUUGUAGUUGACAUAGUUUUUAGUGCUGAUGCCUGGUGUCCAUCAGUUGUGUGUGAUAAUCAGGAUAAUAAAUACAAAGGAGUAUUGUGAUGACUAAAGACAGACUGUAGAUUGUCUCUGUGUCACCUGGAAUAAGUGAACUUUGAUGUCAUGUGUUUGUGACUCUUCACCUCUGUCUCCUCUCACAGGGAGAAGAUGAUGUGCAUCAUCCUGCUGCUCAUCAACCUGACCUCCUGUGUCUGUGGAACAUUUGUAGUCAAUGUGACACAGACCUCCUAUCAGGCAGAGGAGAACCACAACAUCACACUUGAGUGGAUGUUCACGACUAAAACUGGCAGCUCCCUCCACUCCCUUUAUAUCUACUGUGAACUGUUAACUGAUCUCAGAGCCUCAGGUCUGUUUCGUCUACAUGGAGGUGUUGAGGUCCCAGAGUCUCAGGAUGAACAGUUUACAGGACGAGUCCAGUGUGACAAAGACGUCCUCAGAGAGGGACGACUCAGACUUCAUGUGUCCAGACUCAGGACUGAUGACUCAGGACUGUAUAUGUGUUCAGUGUUCACAAAGUAUGGGAGGAACUCUGCUACAUGUCGGCUCAAUGUCACUGCAGCUGCUGAUGAGCCCAGACCUCAGAGACCAACAGAGAGUCCACAACCAGAGAGUUGGAAGAUGAUUGUCCUCUAUGUUGGACUGACAGCAGCAGCUCUACUGACUCUCUGUGUCAUACUCUACGUAGCCUACUUUAGAAUAUGUCGGGAGAAGCGUCCUCUAAGCCACACAGAAGUCCAUGUGACGGACGCACUCAAUCCAGACUGUAACCAGAAAGACACUAUCGGUGUGAUACUUUUGGAACUGAAGGUACCCCUCAGACGGGGUGGCUCGACCCUCGUGUUUCCACUGCAAACAGUCACUCACUGUAUUUCCUCCUUUAUCAGUCUGCACCUGGUUUAUCGUCCACAGAACAGGCUGCAGUGAGAGUCUCUCUCCAUGGGAUAUUUAAAAAUAGCAGCUUUGUGCAUUUAGUCCUUCUCAGGCAAGCUCAGGGGUUUAGUGUUGCUGUAGCCCACAGGAACAACACUCUGCAACGCUUUUCUUCUUCUUCUCCCAGUGAGGAUUAGAAUAUAUACAGUUCACAUAACCUGGCUGAAAUUAAUCUAUAUAAACGCUUGCAGAUCCACUCAUUACUAAAAGUGUGUGUCAUAUACAAACUAAAGUGAUGGUCAAAGUUGUCACAGUGAAAUUUAAGGUGUGCUGAUGGAUUCACGUCAUCAACUCAUGCAUUGAGUAACAUUACAAGUUAACGUUCCACCUUAAAAGUCUCCGGCAGUCGGCCCAGUGAAUGAAGUUAUUUUUUCUCAGACUCCAGCUGCUGUGAGAGGCAGCAAAACAUCCUUUCAUUUUAUAGUUACAGUUUACUAAUAAAACUCUCCACAGUAUGAACAGUGGUUACAUGAGCCUCAAAACCAGACACAACUCAGCCCUGAGCAGAGUGACCGUCCUCUACUCACCAAUCAGACUGCAGUGUUCACAGCUCCACCUUUUAGUAGCACAUCUGUGUGCUAGCUACCCCAACAGUAUUUCUAUGAACUGGUGUUCAUGUUUCUUUGGGUUUGUUUCAUCAAGUUAUUCCACCAGAAAUAACUCAUGUCAGCGUAAACAAUGUUUAUCAUUCAGACUCAGCUGUAGCAGGUUUCAGUCAAUGAUCUCUCUGUUCUCCCUCCAGCUGUUGUCAGUCAUCAGUAUUAUAAUGCAUAUUGUUACAAUGCACUGCCUUUAUUAAUGCACAGUUUAUAAUGUGUACAUGUUGUAAAUAAAGAGAUAUGUUGUUAGGA